UCUCUUACUAGCCUGGCCGACUGAGUACUGCUGAUUAUGAAGUGUGCUGUUGUUCUGUUCCUGAUAGUUUCGAGCUUGUCUCUCAGCGUUAAGGCUGACCAGCUACUGGAACUUCGAACCAGUGUGCGCGCGCUCCAACUACAGUGCCAGUCGUGGAGGGAAGACGAUAGACAACUCAUUCGUGAUCUGCAACAACAGCUUAUGGAUAUCAGACAGCAGAAUGAAUUUACAAAAAGAGAAGUUUCGGAUAUAAAAAGAAAAAAUGAGAUUCUCUCAGGAAAGUUUAAAAAUCUGAAUAGUUUGUACGAGAAUUUGCAGAUCAAAUACAAUAAACAUAAUCGACGAGAUGCUGGGAACGUUACCCCUCUCGGUACAGACUUGAGAAGGACAGAUUCUCACUUUAAACCGUCCUUCAGCUUGCAUGAUCACUGGCCUGUUAGUUCAGUGACCACACAGACACCUGACGUAAGCAGUGCUGUACCACUACAUCACUGGCUAGGCUUCGGUAGCCAAGUCACAGAUGUAAGCACCCCUGUCCCCGUACAUCAGUGGAUGGGUUUCGGUAAUCAAGUCCCAGCUGGGGGCACGGGAUCCUCAGUCUUAUCGGCUUCCACAGCUUCGACGGGGCAGCUCGGGGGCACCGUCUCCAUAGAUCAACAAGGGGGCAUAGGAUCAACAGGAAAGCAAGGAGGCAAUGUAUCAUGUACAUGUCAAAAAGGAGAUGUUGGACCAGCAGGCCCACAAGGGAUUAAUGGACCGUCUGGACUGAAGGGGGACAUUGGUCACAUUGGACCGCAAGGCCCAAAAGGGGAUACUGGUAGAACUGGAUCAAAGGGGGAACCUGGUCCGAUGGGAAUACAUGGUCCAAAAGGAGACGCAGCAACCAUGAUUAAGCAAGACGGUGUGGCUUUCUACGCAACUCUUACCAACACUAUUAACGUAAGGAUGGGUAUGACUUUAAAAUACGAAAACGUUCUGACUAAUGAGGGUCACCAGUACGAUCAAAACACUGGAAUAUUCACGUGCGAUGUGUCGGGACUGUACGUCUUCUCCUGGUCAACAGGUGUGGGACAGUCCGGUUUUGUCAACACAGAGCUCGCAAAGAACGACCAAAUGGUGAACAUGCAGAUUACCACGGGAGCAGACGACCACGAGCUGUCCAAUUCUCAUACAGCUGUCCUGUCUCUACAAGACAACGACCGCGUACAAGUGAUAGUAUACAAGAUCAUACCAGGCAGAUCCUCCUACGUCCUGAGCCAAGCGAGCGCGUUCUCUGGAUUUCUGUUGUUCAAGCACUGACUGAAAUAAAAAAAAAAUCCUAUUGAAAUAAGCUACGAACUACUAGUUAAUGAAAUAAGCUACGAACUACUAGUUAAUGAAAUAAGCUACGAACUACUAGUUAAUGAAAUAAGCU